AACAAACACCGUGACGUCACGACACACAAUGGCGGCCGCUGGUACAGCUGUGACGGUUCUCACUCCUAAUGGGAGAAGACAAACAGUUAAAGUGUCUCCAAACACACCGUUAUUACAGGUGCUGGAGGAUGUGUGCAAAAAGCACGGAUUUAACCCGGACGACCACGGUUUGAAGUUUCAGAGGACUACUGUUGACCUUACUUUGCCAUGGAGGUUUGCCAACCUGCCCAACAACGCAAAACUGGAAAUUGUAACAAGUACAAGGAAGCAGGCUGUAGCUGACAGUCAGGUCCGGAUUGCGCUGCAGAUGGAGGACGGCUCUCGGCUCCAGGGUUCCUUCUCCUCUGGACAGAGUCUGUGGGACCUGCUCACACAUUUUCCCCAGAUCAGUUUGUCCGAGUCAGAAUCCACUCCUGUGUGCGUUUACAUGAGAGACGAGGUGAGUGGUGAAGAAGCUCUCAAGAAGACGACUCUGAAGUCUCUAGGUCUGACGGGAGGAAGUGCCAUUGUCAGGUUUUUACUAAAAAAGAACCGAGCACCGGGAGAGGAAGAUGGCAGAGAAGCCAUCGAAACGGCUCCUGUGCCAACCCCACCUGUCGCCAAGGAAACUACACCUGUUGCCAAGGAAACCACACCUAGUCCAUCUUCCCAGCCCGACCCUGCUCCGUCACAUCCGGAGACUUCGACAGCAGAGGUGCCAAAUAAGAAUUCAAGUCCUCCUCGGCCCAGUGAAGCUGCUCCAGCUCCCGCCUCCGCUUCAAGCAGCGCGCUCCCCGCUCAACAGGAAGAGGCUCAAAACUCCCAGAAUGCAGUUCGGCCAAAGGUUCCUCCUGUCGGGAUGGGAAGGCCAGAGGAGGACGGUGAGGAGGCGGGGCCAUCAGGACUGAACUCUCACCCAUCCUCCUCCUCCUCUUCCUCCUCUGCUGCUCCCUCCGCUCCUUUCAUUCCGUUCUCUGGAGGCGGUCAGCGCCUCGGGGGUCCCUGCGGAGCUUCAGCGGGCCGCUCGCUAUCUUCAUCUUCAUCAUCCUCAUCUAUGUCAGCUCUGACAGCUGCAGUAGAGUCACCCAAAGCCAAGAAAGCAAAAUCCAGCCACAGUUACGGCACCAAGCAUCAAGCCACUGCCAACCAGCCAGACGUGGACAUGGAUCAAGGGGAAGAGUUCUUGGAGCCAGUAGAGAGGGAGCUCCUCAUCUACCACAUGGACUCUCUGUCCAAUCGCUCUGAACGCCACGGCGAUCUGCCCGACGAGUUCUUUGAAGUGACGAUGGAUGAUGUGCGCAAGCGUUUCGCCCAGCUGAAGAGCGAGAGGAAGGUCCUGGAGGAGGCUCCAUUGAUGACUAAAUCUCUGAGAGAAGCACAGAUGAAGGAGAAGAUGGAAAGAUAUCCUAAAGUGGUCCUGAGGGUCCAGUUUCCAGACAGACAUGUCCUACAAGGCUUCUUCAGGCCCCUGGAGACAGUUGGUGUCGUGAGGCAGUUUGUGAGGAGUCACUUGGAGGAUCCUCAGCUCAGUUUCUACCUGUUCAUCACCCCCCCAAAGACCAUCCUGGACGACCCCUCGGCUACACUGUUUCAGGCCGACCUGUUUCCUGGAGCUCUGGUCUACUUCGGCUCCGACGUCAAGACAGAUUUUUACAUAAAGAGGGAACUGCUUCAAUCCUCAGUCUCGGCCUUGCAAGCAAAUGAGUCCAUCGCAAGCUGCAUGUUACGCUCCCCGACACCCUGCUCCAGCUCCGAGGGCCCCGAGGAGCCGCUGCCUGCUCCAGAGCCCAGAUGUUCUGACCCCAGCGGGUCCAGACGGGACGAGGGAGAGGCCUCUGCACACACCCAGGCUGCUAAACCUGCCAGGUCUGACCCGGGCAAGGUGCCCAAGUGGCUCAAGCUUCCAGGUAAGAAGUGAGACAGCUGAUGGAGGACUAACAUGACAGACGUCUGACUGGCUGACAGACGGAGUAGAGACUAAAACCUUUACUGCGCUUUGAUUCAGGACUAAACCCAUCGUGGAAGAAGCUUGCACUUGACUAGGUUUUAAAACGGUCUAAAGGAGGAGAUAAAUGACUAAUAAGGAUAUAAAUGACUGAGUAAAUGGUGAAUUAUUUCUUUGCCAAAAGGAUUGUUGUGUUUCAUUCCGGUUGGUCUCUGGGAGGAGAAAGAGUGAAGGAGCUGCUUUGAUUCAGCAGGUGGAAAUGUAGAGCAGAGUGAAUAAAGAG